AUGGAGCAAAUAAAAAUAAAAAAUAUUGUAGUCACUGGAUUUGGUCCUUUUGGAGACCAUAAGAUCAAUGCUAGUUGGGAAGCAGUAAAAGAAUUUUCAAAAAUUUCAAAUGAUAAAUUAAAAAAAAAUUAUAAUGUCAAUUUAAUUAUUGAAAAAAUUCCAGUUGUUUAUGAACAUGUUGACAGCCGAGUACCUGAACUGUGGAAGGAGUAUGACCCACUGUUUAUGAUUCAUGUUGGGGUCUCCGGUGCUGCUAAGUGUCUAACGAUAGAAAAUAAAGCCCAUGGGUAUGGAUAUUCAAAAAAAGACGUCAAGGAAUGCAGCCCAUGUGAAGGAAGCGAUUGCGAAGUGGUUCUCGCUACUGAAAUAGACGUCAAAAAAAUUUGCGAAGAAGUUAAUAAAAAAAAAUUCUGCGAAGCGUGUGUGUCCGAUGACGCUGGUAGAUAUUUAUGUGAGUACACGUAUUUCCAGUCGUUGCGUGUUCAAUGCAAAAAGACUAUUUUUGUUCAUGUACCUGAUUUUGACGUUUAUCCAACUUCUGUCACCGCUCAAGGCCUUGAUUCUAUUGUGUCAUCAGAUUCUUCCUCUAAAGACACCACGCCUUGCAUACUGGGAGUCUUUUCUGUUGGUAAAGGCAACACUAGAUGCCGAGAAAUUGAAUUAGGACUCCCGACGUCGCUCACUGAAAUGAACCCGCAGAUUUCAAUUGUCUUAGAUAUCGUCAUUCCAGGAAACGGCAAAGGAAAUGGAUUCUCACGAGCAACAUGUAGUGAUUUAAGAGAAUGUCCUAAAGACAUUGCACCGACUCCUGGAUUUCCAUCGGUGAUCAAAAUAACCUGGCAUGCUGUCGAAUUGCCCCAUUCGCUCAUUAUUACGCUAUUAACCCCGUGCAACGCGGUCUCUAUACAUGUCUUAUCGCGCUCUUCUAUCAUCUGCAGCCGAGAACGUAUGCUGUCAUAG